AUGGGAGUUCCUAACAAUUGUUCUUUUGAUACACUCAAGCGUAGAAUGCACAACACCCUUCAACUAACCAACGAUCAAUUACUGGAUGAAAUCUACUACCAACAACCAUUCAUAGAUGCAGAAUUAUUAUGUACCAUUAUUAGAACACCGGAUGCUAUACUCAACCUGCUUCAAUCAACCAUCACUCCUACUCAUGAUGCAAUUAUGUAUUACAACGGGAAGUGGAACAUACCACGUCAAGGCGAGUUUUUGGGUUACUCCUUUGCUGGAACUAAUCUAAUAAUAAGAUUUGGCAUUCCUCCAGGAUGUGGCAUGAAGAAACUCAAGGAUUUAAUCAAGCAAGUCGCACCUAUAGGGGUUUCCCCUAAUGGAAUUCACGGAUCACAAUUGGUUAGGCGAUUGUUCUUUCGACAAUCAGGUCAUUCUAAGUAUUCCGAAAAUUUGAUUGAAUAUGAGAUAACAGAAUUGAAAAAUGAUGAAGACGUGCUAAAGUAUAACUUCAUCCGGCCACCAGAGGACCUUGCCGCCGGCGACCCAGUUUCCGCCGAACCUGCUGAUGCCCAGUUCACAAUCCUCGCAAUUGACCUCAACGGUCUUGCCGUCGACCGCUACGGCAUUGUGGCCGGAGUACGGCGGGCGGCGGAGACAGUGGGGUUCUUCCAGGCGGUGAAUCACGAAAUUCCGGUGAAGGUUUUGGAGGAGGCAAUGGCGGCGGUGCGUGAGUUCCACGAGCUGCCACAAGAGUUGAAGGGUGAAUAUUAUAACAGGGAGCUGAUGAAGAAGGUGAAGUUUGGGAGCAACUUUGAUUUGUAUCAGUCAAAGUAAGCUAAUUGAAGAGACACUCUUUUCUGUGUGAUGGGUCCUGAACCACUUCAUCAAGAACUGCCUCCUCCUAUCUGUAGGGAUGUAGCAAUGGAAUACUGUAGGCAAGUUCAGGUGUUGGGGAGAGUUUUGUUUGGGUUAUUAUCAGAAGCACUUGGACUCAACCCUGCGCAUCUUCAACGCAUGGAUUGUGCAAAGGGCCAUUCAAUUUUGUUUCACUAUUAUCCAACAUGUCCUGAGCCUGAACUCACUAUGGGUACUACCAGGCACUCUGAUCCUGAUUUCCUUACAAUUCUGCUUCAAGAUCACAUUGGAGGGCUCCAAGUUUUGAGCCACAAUGGAUGGGUUGAUGUUCCUCCGGUUCCUAGAGCUCUAGUAGUAAACAUUGGAGAUCUGCUACAGGUUGUGUAGGUGCUUUGGAUAUUUACCGGAUAGGAAGAAGAAAAUAUUGAUUUCUUGAAACGUGUCCUUCAGGUAUUUAUAUUCUAUUGUUUCUUGGAAUUAUAUGAAUUCUAUGGCCCGU